GGUAAUGUUUAUUGCCUGCAUUUCAAUAUACAUAUAACAGAUAUAUAGUGCAGGUAUGCUGAGCUAAACUCUCUCAGAACCUUCCAAAAUUAGUAAAUGCAUUUAGUUUUUAGUUUCUAGUACUCCCCAAAGUUAAAAUAUUUAAACAAAUAAGAAUAUCAAAAACAUUACAAUAAAAAUAACCUACGUGAUUGCUUCUACUUUCGAUUUAUUCAGAGCAGAUAUGUAUUGAUACCUAGAUGACAGGAAAUAAGUUUUUCUUAAGCUUUGUCGCACAGGAUGACCUGCACUUCUGUAUCGUUAGCUUUAUUAUUAGUAACAAAAAUAACAUCGUGUGACUGCUCUUGACCACUUUACUUACGACGCUACUCAUAAAUUUACUACUUUGCUUGUUCAAAAUCACUUCAAUUUUAGUUUAUUACUAACUCCACUAUGUCUACAAAGAUAUUUGUUAUAAGCUUUGACAUGUUACCUCAUUAUGGCGAGAUAAGAAAACAAGAACGUUCCAACGCUUUUUGUUUAUUCCGCUUGUUUACUGCAAAACGACGUAUCAGUGUACGUGACGACACACAUCAGUACCUGGCACAGAGCGGACUGCUGAGUCGUCCUCCGUAGGAAGAGUGGCCAAUCAGCGACCGACCUGUGCACACGUGACACAGCAGCGACAAGCACAGCAACGUCGACAUGUCACGUCACCUGCCAUGGUCAAGCUGCAUGUUGUGAGCGACGUGUCGAUGUUUCCGCUGACAGCAGCAGCUGUACGCUGCGUCAUAAUUUUAUGCCGUAAUCAAAGACGUAGAUGAUGUCGUCACGUUUUGACGUCAUCAAAACAAAUGGCUGACUCCAGGGCUCCAUCAGAAGGCGGCGCCAUUGCAGCACUGGCGUCCCCACCCACCAGUUUGUAGAGCCGUAACUUUCAGUGUAAUUUUUAACAUUGUCCUCAUGUUUACGAUUUCAACAAAUGUGUUUACCUGGCGGUGUUGUCCGUUGCAACCAGAAGCCGAACAACAAAACCUGCAUUUGACAGUUUCCGUUCUGUCCAGAGCAUAGCGAUGUUGACCAUGAAGACAGUGCACACGACGCUUGAUGACGUCCAUGCAUCGUUGAACUGUAGCACGUGCUGUCAUGCAUGACCUGCUAUGUGGGUUCCUGUCUGUCUGAUUGCUUCACCUGCUUAUUUCGUCUUAACUUAAAAACAAAGACUUUUCUCUAUUUAAACAAGGCUCGACAACACGUUGUAAAAUAAAAAGCCAAGGUGGGAAGAUAUUCCUUGCUUACUGCAGUCUGACAACAUUGCCAUGGCGAGGUACAUCAUCGUAAGAUAACCGCCUGUUCCCCGUCACACCUUUAUCUGACUCAGCUGCAUUCAAAGCUUUAGUUCAAACACCUAAUCAUAAAGUCAAGUCUUGGUACUGUGUUUUGUGUCCUGGAGCAGCAAGUAUGAGGUCUGAGUUCAGGAUAACAUCUACAUUAGCUACUUUUAUUAUGUUUAUGCUGAUGUUUGCACAAGACGCAGAUGGCCGCUGUGACAGUGACUGGGAACAUUUCAAUGGAAGCUGCUACAAGUAUAUUGCACAUACAGUCACCUACCCCAGCGCUCUGGGUACUUGCAAUAAAGAAGGAUAUUAUCUUCUUGAAAUCAACUCUGAAGAAGAAAACACGUUCAUUGGUGAUUUUAUAAUUAGACAUAAAGUUCGCAGUGUGUGGCAAGGAGUGAACGACAUUUUUGCCGAGGGCCACUGGGUGUACAGCAGGACAGGUGGUAAUGUGAGCUUCACUCACUGGUACACAGGGGAGCCCAACAAUCGAGGCAACGAGGACUGUGCAGAAUUUGACACCAACAGACUUUGGAACGACAUGGCUUGCAAUUUGUUACUUCCUUUUAUUUGUGAAAAUAACCCAUACGCUAAAAUUACAGAAAAUGUCAAGAAAGAGUGAUAAGAUGAGACAAUGCCAUGCAAAGCUUUGGAAGAAUGAAGCAGGAAAAGCUUCACAAGUUCUCCGUCAGCACCUGAUGAAGAACUCUAGUGAAUGAUGCCCUUGGCUCCACCUGUCUCCAGUAAAGGCUCUUAGUUCACUUGUUUCUUGCCAAGGCACUUCAAUGUUGUUGUACAACUUUACUGUGAUUAUCGUUUCCUCGUUACAUUAAAUGUUUCUUUGUGAUCUCA